ACACGCGACCCACUCACACGCCACCAACACCAAGGAGGCACCCAAGACCUUCGAACCAACACCCGGCGCGGCGGCGGCUGCAGGACAUCGGAGGAGAUCGCGAAAUAUCACGGGCGCGCGGCCGAAAAAAGCGCAAGCAGCAGGCUGCUUCCACGCUCCGCGACCCGGCCACCAGCACACUGCACGCCACCACCUCCUCUCCUCCUCCUCCUCCCCCCUUCGCGGUCUCCUCCCGAAAGAACUCGUACUCCGUAGAAAAAGAGAGAGAGAGAGAAAAGGGGAUCGGCCAAUCCACACGCCGCGCAGCGGGGGUGCUGCAGAGGAUCGGAUCGGGGACGGCGGAAGCGGAGGCGAGAUGUGGGAGUCGGUGGCGCUCACGCUGGCCGGCGCCGCCGGCAACAACGUCGGCAAGGUCCUCCAGAAGAAGGGCACCCACAUCCUACCUCCCCUCUCCUUCAAGCUCAAGGUGAUUAGGGCGUACGCGUUCAACAGGCUCUGGAUCAGCGGCUUCCUCAUGGACAUGUGCGGCGCCGCGCUCAUGCUCACCGCGCUCUCGCAGGCGCCGGUCUCCGUCGUGCAGCCGAUUGCAGGCUGCGGCCUCGCCAUACUCUGUGUUUUUUCCCAUUUUUACCUCAAGGAGUCCAUGAAUGGGCUCGACUGGGUUGCCAUCACAUUGGCCGGUCUAGGCACGAUAGGAGUUGGUAUUGGAGGCGAGGAGCAGAAAGUGGACAAAAUUCCACUGUUCAAUAUACCUUGGCUGGUGCUCUCCACUGUCAUCUUGUUUGUUCUGCUCAACACUUGGCUUCACAUCUACAAAAGGCAAAGGCGUGAACAAGAGUUGGUGAGUGUCCAAGAUUUUGGAAUUCAUUAUUCAUGUUUAUGCAUUGCAAAUAUUGAUCAUGAAUCAGUGCAGACUGGACCUGAAGUGAUCGAGGAGAUCAUAUAUGGUUUGGAAUCUGGCAUUCUGUUUGGGAUUUCCUCAGUGAUAUCUAAGACAGGAUUUGUGAUGUCUGAAAUGGGUUUUCCAAAGAUUGUUGUACCAGCUGCCAUUUCUUGUAGUGUGGGCUGCAGUGCUGUGGGAUUUGUUUAUCAGACUCGAGGUCUGAAGCAUGGAAGGGCAAUUGUUGUGUCCACUUGUACAUCAGUUGCAUCUAUUGUGUCUGGUGUUGUAGCUGGUAUGAUUGCGCUUGAUGAACAUCUGCCCACAGCUCCCACAGGCCGCUUUUUUCUCUUACUUGGAUGGUUCUUCAUUAUUACAGGAGUGAUACUUCUUGUUAGUUCAGCCCGGAUAAUUGCACGGUUACCAAGAUCUGUGCAGAAGUUUUUGAAGAGUAAUGUGGAGCGUACCCACAGCAUCAGGAGACCUGGUUCAGCCCGAGGAAAGGACCCCAUCCCAACCACAACAAUUCAUGCGUCCACAUUGCAUCUGCUAACAUCUCCUUCUAAAGAGAAGGCCUAGAAAAAGCUCUUGCUGGAGCAAGAUUGUUUUGGCACCUAUGCCAUGUUGUUUAAUUGAAUCAUGAUGUGAAUGUAAAGUCUAGAGUAGCAUCUUCAAAGUUUGUGUUGGUGGUAUCAUGUACUGCUUGUCUGUUCUUAUAGAUCUAUACAACAACCUUUUGG